AUGGCUCUUCCUCUUACUGGCAAACUCGCCAUUGUCACUGGUGCCUCUCGAGGCAUUGGCCUGUCUAUUACCAAGGCCCUGGCUGCCCGAGGCGCAAACCUCGUCCUCGCCUAUACAUCCGCCAGCUCUGCUGAUUCAACAGCUAAGCUUGCUUCUGAGCUGUCCUCAAAGCAUUCUAUCAAGGUCGUUCCGGUGCAAGCAGACCUUGGCACAGUGUCAGGUCCGGCCUCGCUCAUUUCUCAAGCCGCCGAUGCAUUUAGCCCCCUGCGCAUCGACAUCCUCGUCAACAAUGCGGGUGUUGCUUAUAACGACAAGGUCCCUGACAUCAAGCCUGAGGACUUCACAAAGAGCUACAACGUCAACGUUCUUGGCCCUCUUCUCCUUGUCCAGGCCGCACACCCUUACCUACCCACAGACCGCUCCGGCCGUAUCAUCAACCUCAGCAGUGUAAGCGCAAGUCUUGGUUUCGUUGGCCAGAGUGUCUACGGCGGCACAAAGGCUGCUCUCGAGGCCAUGACACGAACUUGGGCCCGUGAGUUCAGCGAGAGAGCCACCGUCAACGCCAUCAACCCUGGUCCAGUCCGCUCUGAGAUGUACUCUCGCAACUCGGACGAGUUCAAGCGUCUCAUCAAGCCUUUCAUCCAGAAUGCGCCUCUCAUGGCUGCUCGUCCAGGCAUUGACGAUCCCGAAGUCGUCGAGGAGGCCAAGACUGCCGGCGGUCGAGCAGGUGAAGCUGAUGAGAUUGCUGGCAUUGUCGCUAUGCUUGCUAGCCCUGAGAGUGCUUGGUGCACUGGUCAAGUCAUUUGCGCCAAUGGCGGUAUGAUCUUUGUGGGCGGUGACGCAAAUUCUGCCACUCACUCACUCAGUCUCAACUCACUUACAAAUCAACAAAUAGACUCCUCUGAUCCCUUCGAGGAUGUCCUCAACCUCGAAGAGCGCUUUUACUCAGAAGGCUACCAACAAGGCAUCAAAGACGGUGUUCAAGCGGGGCGGAUUGAAGGGCGAUCUUUUGGUAUGCAAAAGGGCUUUGAGAAGUUCCUCGAAAGUGGCCGUCUUGCCAGUAAAGCUAUCGUAUGGGCGAACCGAAUACCACACAACGGCGGUACUACCUCAGGAGAGACUUGCACAUUACCACCACUACCCAAGAACGCAAGACUGGAGAAGAACAUCAACACUCUGUAUGCUCUCGUAGAGCCAGAUACACUUUCGACGGAGAACUCGGAUGAUGCGGUUCAAGAUUUCGAUGACCGGGUGAAACGGGCACAAGGAAAGGCCAAGAUUGUCGAAAAGAUGGCUGGCAGUGGUGGAAGAGAGGCAUCAGGAGCAUCACCAGCAGCCUGA